UGUCAACCCACUCGCGACGCACUUGAGCACCGUCAACAUCCCAGAACAGCAAACUUUGACCUGAUUUCUCACCAAGCAAAAACAGUGUGCCUGGAUCUAUCUCGAUUAUCAUGGGUCUGGUGAUCUCCAUUCUCAAAGUGCAACAAAGAUUAAGGCGACAUAUGAAUGGAAACGCUUGGACAUUUGCGACCGACCUCUCUUUCUGAACUCUCCCAUCUGAAGCUCGCGAGGUUUCGACCCUGCCGCACUUGAGCGCCCUCCAUCAAGUCGACGCGUUACGCCGCAGGCAAAGCCCCCAACAUGGCUUCUUUGAUUCGGACAAAGCCACUAAGCGUCUGCAUCAUGCGCUGUGCAGAGGUCAUCCACCAUCUCGAUGAGAUCCCCCAGUUCCAGGAUCUUCAACAGCAGGCCAAGGCCCUUCUCUCGUCCUUAAUGUCCAUGCUGCGCGCAGUACGUCCCACCCAGCUCGACCAACGCCAGCCUGACCCAGCCUACAGUCCUGGCUUGAGUCUCUUGGCCGCAUAUCUAAAUGAGCUCGACAAGACCUGUGGGUACUAUGGGACCAGGGCGCAGACGGAGUGGAGGCUCAGCGAUGAUGAGCGGGCCUUCGUCCUCGGUCAGAUCGGCAACCCUUUCGAAAGACUCGUGGGGGUGCUGUCCCAUCUCGCACAGUCUCUCCAGGCGAUCAUUGAGGAUGGACAAGAGAGCUACCAUACGAGAAUCCAGAAAUUGUGCGAAUGGGCCGAAUCCAUGUUUGAGGGUUGGAACUUCUUCCAAGGAGAGUUCGAAGCUGCAAAGACUCUGGCAGCAGCCUUCUCACCUGCUAGCGAGGGCCAGUCCACCACUGAGACCUUUGUUACUGCUGAUGAGUGGGAAGACAGUUGCAGUGACAAAGUCAUACAGAACCUCGAGCCCCAAAAGGUUUCAGCAUGGGACGAGAUUGGUGAGCAGUUGGCCCAAGAGGGCAUCAUGGACGAUGCAAUCAAGAAAGUCGCCGAGGACCUGAAAGCUUGCGCCCGUAGUCUCGUUCGAGGCGAUCGCCCCAGGACUGAGCCAGUCGAGCGCCAGUCGCCCGAGCGAACUUCGAAGGCGGCACCCGCGGUUACUCCCAAGACGCCCGACCCCAGUUCGAAGAAGACCAAGACAUCUGCGAGUGGCAAGCCCACGCUUUGCGAGGCCUCUGCCACGCCAUCUGCGAAGAAGGCUGCGACAGCAGUGGGUGUGAAGCCCGAAGCACCCAGCUCGGUCUCGGAGGACUGGUUCAACCAAGAUUUUGUCUCGUCAAAGGUGACGACUGUGCUCGACAAGAUCAAGAAAGAUUUCGACCUCUACCUUCCAGAGCUGCUCGUUGUUGCCUUUAAGCAGAAGACGGAGAAAGACACCAAGAACUUCCGCCAGGUCCUGGACUUGGUAAAAACGAUGGCAUGCCACGAUACCGACCGCGCCAGGCUCUGUGCCCGGCUAGCGAAAGAGAUCCAGGCUCGUACGCCAGGCUCGAUCCGGAGAAACGUUGCCUACAAGCACAAGGGGACAAAAUACGAUGGCGAGGGGCCUGUCACGGGAUACCUGCUCGACAUGUGCGCGAGAGAUUGGGACCAUGGGAAAAAUGGACGGCCCAACAUCAGCGUUGAGCACUUCGCACUGGGUCUCUCGCGCUUCAUCGGUGAGCUUGUCAAGUUUGGGGUCUUCAAGACAGAGCACGUCCACACCUAUGUCCGGGCCCAGUGGGGCCCUACGCUGAACAGAAACCAGUUCAUGGCCGUGUACAAGCUGCUAAGGACCACGGGUCCGAUGGUCGACUCGCAUAGCGACACAAGCGACAUGGACGACCACUUCACGCGGAUCGCGGGGCUGGUCAACAAGAAGAAGACGCCGGAGCCAGUCAAAUCGCUGGGACAGGAGCUGCUUGGUCUGAGGAGCUCCGGGUGGAAGUCCAAGCAGACGAAGGAGAUGGACCGGGUGGAGGAGGCAAUAAGGAAGAGGAACUGAGCCGCCGCGUGCGAAGACUGCUUCUGGUAAGCUUGCAUGGCCUUGUGUGGUUGGGCUCACGGGGGACUGUGCUGAUCAGUCCCGAUUCAGAGACAUUCCUUGCCGCGCGAGGCGCGCAUGACUGUAAGCAUGGACGACAGAACAACAGACAAGACUGUGACGACGGAUGGCCACGCGCGAGCAUGCACGUGUCAGAACUCUGGAAAUGUAAGGUGUGCGCUGGUGAACAAAGACAACGCAAUUGUCGGAAGCACAGGCACCUGUGCGAGGCGAACGGGGAGAGUUGUUUGCGUCACGGGCCGAGUUGAUUCGCCAGGAGCAGCGGUUUCUGGUGAGGUGGCAGUGUUUAUUAGUGCUGCGCUGUUGUAGGGUGC